UCGGUGCUCAGCACGGACGUCAGCACCGCUCGACCCCGCGCUCGGCUCACCUGGCUCCCGCACCGACAUCCACAUUCUCCCCCGGUACGACCAGAGAGGACUGACGGCGAGCCCUGACGUCAGCAUGGCAGGUGGAGAGUGACGGUCCGGGUCGUGAGGAGGAGGUGGAAGGUGCACUGCGGGUGAGGUGGCCUCUCCCUCCCGGUGAAACACCUUCUGGGGCUCGGAGCGCUCAGGACGAUGAUGGACGGUCGGUCACCGCCGCCGCCGCCGCUGCUGCUGCUGCUGCUCGCCAUUGUUGGGGGUGUGCUCGGCGCAGACACAGAAGAGCGGUUGGUGGAGCAUCUCCUGAACCCAGCCCACUACAACAAGCUGAUCCGCCCGGCAACCAACGGCUCGGAACUGGUGACGGUGCAGCUGAUGGUAUCUUUGGCUCAGCUCAUAAGUGUGCAUGAACGGGAGCAGGUCAUGACCACCAAUGUCUGGCUGACACAGGAGUGGCAGGACUACCGCCUGACUUGGGUCCCUGAGGAGUUUGAUGGGAUGCUGAAGGUCCGACUGCCUUCCAAACACAUUUGGCUGCCGGAUGUUGUGCUCUACAAUAACGCCGACGGAGUCUAUGAGGUGUCGUUCUACUCCAACGCCGUGGUCUCCUACGAUGGCAGCAUCUUCUGGCUGCCCCCGGCCAUCUACAAGUCGGCCUGUAAGAUUGAAGUAAAGCACUUCCCCUUCGAUCAGCAGAACUGCACGCUGAGAUUCCGCUCCUGGACCUACGACCGCACAGAGAUCGAUCUGGUGCUUCGAGCUGAUGUCGCCAGCAUGGAUGACUUCACGCCGAGCGGUGAGUGGGACAUCAUCGCCCUGCCAGGUCGGCGAAAUGAGAACCCUGCUGAUCCCAACUAUGUGGAUAUCACAUACGACUUCAUCAUUCGGAGGAAGCCUCUUUUUUACACCAUCAACCUCAUCAUCCCAUGUGUGCUCAUCACCUCGCUGGCCAUUCUGGUCUUCUACCUGCCUUCUGACUGUGGAGAGAAGAUGACGCUCUGUAUCUCCGUGCUUUUGGCUUUGACUGUGUUCCUGCUGCUGAUCUCCAAGAUUGUACCGCCUACUUCCCUUGAUGUCCCUCUGGUGGGGAAGUACCUGAUGUUCACUAUGGUCCUCGUCACCUUCUCGAUCGUCACCAGUGUGUGCGUUCUCAACGUGCAUCACCGCUCACCCACGACGCACACCAUGCCUCCGUGGGUGAAAGUUGUCUUCCUCAACAAGCUUCCUGCGCUGCUCUUCAUGCGGCAGCCGAGGAACAGCUGCGAACGCCAACGGCUGCGGCAGAGAAGGAGAGCUCAGGAGCAGAAGGAGGGAGGCAGAAGUGGGGAAGCAGGAGCGCUGAUGGUCGGACUAGGCCUGGGCAGUGCAGGUGGGAACGGAGGUACGACCACAACUGGCAUGUUCAGUAAGGAAGACAGUGACCCCUGCACCUGCUACGUGAACCGGGCCUCCGUUAAGCAGUUCGGAGGUGAACUCGCAGGGGCGGGAGGAUCCAUGGAUGGUUUAAACAGAGUGAGGGAGAACCGCGAGGGGAGCUCUGGAAACCUGUCCCGUGGGAAGCAGGCAGCGGGAGGUCCUGCUCUGACUCAGGCCCUGCUGGCUCAGGCCUGUCCAGGCUUUGAGGAGGCGGUGGAGGGAGUUCGCUUUAUUGCCAACCACAUGAAGAGUGAAGAUGAUGAUCAGAGUGUGAGCGAGGACUGGAAAUACGUUGCCAUGGUGAUCGACCGUCUCUUCCUGUGGAUCUUUGUGUUUGUGUGUGUGUUCGGCACGUUGGGCAUGUUCCUACAGCCGCUCUUCCAGAAUUACACAGUCAAGACCAUCAACACGCCAGGCUGACCACUCGCAAACCACCCACUCACAGAUGGACGUCUCCCCCCGACCAGUCAGCACAGUCCAGAGGCAACAGAAGGGGGGGAGUACGGAGUUUCGUUGUGUCUAUGGAACCGCAGCCAAUACUGGAAACGAACAGCAUUCACCUUUAUAAUAAUAUUUUUUGCAACAAAUACUCUUUUUCUUGUAAGCAGACCGAGGACAACCUACACACGCUUGAUCGUCCCAUCCAUUGUUAGGUCCAGAUGUCAACGGGACUGACCUACAUCCGGUCGAGGAACUUCUCUCUGCCAUACAGUACCUUCUAACCAUCUUUCAUGUGAGCUACACUCCUGAAUUAUGACACAAUCAUACUCAGUUGGAGGGGUGUUCUGAACUCCCAUGCAUUUUUUUGAGAAGCCCACCACCUCAGUGAAGCGCUCCAGUAUAGUUUACCAUAGCAUAGCAGCAUACCACAGUAUUAAAUAUAUUAUAAAGAUUCUCUGUGUGAGCUGAUGCUGACAGAGAGGCGAAGAUAUGUUGUGUGAUUGUAAAGAUCAAACAAGAAUGUGAUACGCACUCGUAGCAAACUCCAAUCAGGAACGCAACUAAAUAUGCAGGGAGUCAGUGGCGAUGUUAGUAGAUUUGCAUGGAACAUGUUUUAUGGAACGAGAGUUUGGCUCACAAUGUGAAGCAGCAGCCAGUGAACUGCGCGUAGUGGAGUACAGCUCCUGGGCAGAGGAGGCGGGUCGACCUUCACAAGGAUGGACCGAAGAUUUCUCCACUGGGAAAACGGAGGGGGAAAAAGGGACGGAAAAUUCUAUGGCGAUAUUUAAGGGUUUUAUCAUGCAAGGUGAUGUGUAAUUAUAUGUAAUAUCACAAUUGUCUUUCUUCCCGUCAAUGCUGUGAUCAGAAACAGAGCGACAUAGUUUCACCGACCUGCUUCAGUUUCUCCUUCUUGCCCUAACCAACAGUGACCCAGAUCUUCUUAUCUUAGCAUAUGCCUUUUCAUCCAUCCCAGCCUUAGCCAGACCCUUGGCUGUCCAAUGUCAACCUAGAUCUGUUUCAGCCUAGCUAAACAUACUAUAUUUAAUCCAACGCGUCAUAUCGCCUCUUGGAAAGCUAGUUAGCCUGGACUAGUCUUUCUUUUGCUAACUCAUACUAACCUGUUCCCUGUGUCGAUCCAAAUUCAGUGAUCUGUUCUAACGUCCCAUCAAGUGCUGUCCUGUUUUGUGUGCCGCCCUCCUGCUGUCUUUAUUUCCAUGUUUUCCUACAUUAUGAUCAUAUACCAUGUGCAGUACAGGUGAGCCCCAGUUUUCACCACUUAGCUCAGUUUUACAUUUCGACCUGCUCCAACCCAGCGUCGCCUUCGAUUUGCAUAAGUAUCCUUCCUUGUGCUCCUUUCUUUGUAAACCUGAUCCCAAUCGGAGGCUGUCCUGGUCUGGUGCUUCCUUCCCCUUGCUAUUCCCAACCUUAGUCUUAUCUCCUGCAGUCUAUCAUCUGCUCCGUCAUACCCUGAUGUCGAUCCAGACCACACCUAUUUCCCUCCCAUUCUACACCUUUAAAGCGGUCUGUCCAUGCUCCAUGUUGCACUCUGUACUCAGCUAUUUUAGGUGCACCUUCAGGACCUGUUUCACUUCCCGGCGACCCUUUGCUGUCCUUUUCCAUCCUUUUCUUUCAUCCCUCCCUCUUAUAUGUUGCUGAACUCGGACAGUCGUCGCUGUUAUUUUUGCCUUCUAUACCCCUGUUUAUUUUUAAUUCCUACCUUACUGCCCUUCUUGAACACCCAUCCCAUCCUCUCCUGAACAUCAAUCUAUGCUACAUUUCAUACUCUGAACACUACUUUUCCCUGUCCUUCACUCUGACACUUUGUGCCUAACGCUAUCUUUUAGGCUAGGGUCCAUCCUUUUUCUUCCCCCCCCCCUUCACUCACCAUACGUUUAGACCAGUAGUCUAGAAUUGUCCGCUUCUAUCAUGCUCUGCCAUUUUCUUUUCUAUGUCAUCCAACCCUGUCAUGUUUUCAUGUACCAUACAAAGUGGAGGUUUACAUGUGUGUGCGUGCCUCCGCUGUCCUCACAUCUGUCAGACACAUGCUCCAGCGAGCAUAUGCGCGUCUCCCCACCCCCUCUAUUAAUCUCCAGCCGCCUCAUGGCAGUCUUCUCCUCUCAUUUGAUUUUACAGGCAAAGACAUUUCAGAUAUUUACUCAAAAGUGAACAUCAAUAACAAGCGUGAAUAUUCUUUUCUUUAAUCUUGGAGUGACUCAGAUGUUUCGCCUGAGGGUUUUGUGCGGAUCAUAUAGGGAUUUUAAAGAGUCUCCACUGCACAGAAGGAGUGUGGAUAAAUGAAACUUUCAUAAGCAUGUGAGGCGUAUAGAUGACUCUGAUGCAGGAAGUUACGGCAAUAAGUUUAAUAUAGAGAGCAGAUCCACUGAAGUAAUAACCUGUCUGACAUUUUUUAUGAUGUUGCCUAUAGCGAGGACUAUGAGAGACGGAAUACAGGGCAACUUUUAUUGUUGUUUCUGAACAGUUAUCCUCAGCCUCUGAUCAUCCCAGCUCUCAACAGUCAGGUGGAAUUGGGUGCAGCCCAGUUUUCGACGGCAGCUCUGUUAUUUUUCGACUUGGCUCCCCAGAAGAUCACAGAGGUCUGAGUGUGAAAAGCCUUUCAUAGACUUGUGAAAACUGUUAGCUGCACUGCUCCUCACCGUCAAAGUGCCGCUAUCCACUCCCUUCCCCUCUCGCCACUCUCAGUCCUUUUCUUCUCACAUCAGUAGUCCCCCCCCAUUCCUUCCCCCAAUCUUUCAGAUUUCCGUCCUGACUCAGAGAUUUCCACCCGGGCACACCUUGACCAGUCCAAUAAAGGUUGAAGGUUCGGAUUAACACUGUCUACGUGUGAUACUUUUCUCUCAAUCCAGCACAGCAAAACAACCACUCUCUCUGAAUUUGGGGGUUUCCUAACC